GCGUCCCAAGAUGGCGUCGUGGCUGCCGGACACUCUGUUCGAAAUUGUAGGACAAGGCCCGGCUCCGAGCAAAGAUUAUUACCAGUUACUGGUCACCCGUUCCCAGAUAAUCUUCAGAUGGUGGAAGAUCUCUCUGAGGAGUGAGUAUCGAACAGCCAAACCUGGAGAAGUCAAAGAAUCUCACGUAGACUUCCUAGAGAAUUCACAUCUUCAAGUUCAAGUUGCCUUAAUAUUUGGUGCAAAAAUCAUAGAGUAUGUCCUCAAUCUGUGCCAAGGAAAAUUUGACUUCCUGGAGCGACUCUCGGACAGCUUGCUCCUGUGUAUCAUCUCCUACCUGGAUCUUGAAGACAUCGCCAGGCUAUCACAAACGUCGCGCAAAUUCGCCAAGCUGUGCAUGUGUGACACACUGUGGGAACAGAUUGUGCAAUCUGCGUGCGACACCAUCACCCCGGAUAUGAGGGCCCUGGCCGAGGACAUCGGCUGGAAGGAGAUGUUCUUCACCAACAGGCUGCAGCUCCAGCUCCAACUUCACAGGAGGAAGCAGAAGCUUACCAGUCACCGGGGGGCGGAGCCAGCCCUAGGGACACGCCCUCCUGCCCACAGGCCGGCCGGGGCAGUUGAGGCACGGCAGGCCCAGCUCCUUUCUGCUUCCUUGCCUUGA